CUGUUUGCUCCUGUCCAGACACAUUCUCCCGGCGUCCUCGCCUCCGACGGCCCAGUCGUCAACGCCACAUCGGCCUCGGUUUCACACGAAGAGGCUGUCGACGGGGCGUCGAACUCCGCGAUGGCCGGCCAAGCCUCCGCGACAUCUUCGUCCGGCUGCAUGCUCACCUCCUCCCGCCUACUUCAUCUACAGACAAUCCCGGGGAUGCUGAUGACCGGGGCAGAUCAACGCAGCCUGCCACAGUUGAGGAUCAAAGUGCGCUACCAGUCGAUCGACGUUCUACCCCUUUACGCCUAUUGGUCCUUGCAUGCGUCUUCUUUGGUCUUGAUGGAAAGACAACAUCUCGUGGACUGCGUUCGCUCUGGACCUCAAUCUGGGCACUUUCGCAAAGCUGCAGACUUCUGGUCGGGUGGACUUUUGAAUCUAUUCAUCAAGCGUCUUCAUGUGAGGUUCACAUCACCUCAACUUUGUGACAUUAUUUUUCGUUCACAAGGUGGGUUUCGAGACUGCCAGUAG